AUGUCAGGUCCUUUAACCACCAAGGAACUGCAGUUGGCCAAGUUAACUUUAGUCAAACUUGUUCAGGUAGCUGCCUUUAAUUGUGAAAUAAAAGCCCUUAAAAAAGGUGAAAAUGUUAAUAAGAGUGAGGUAAGUUGCUUGAACCCAUUUCUAGACCCAAACGGUGUCUUACGUGUUGGAGGAAGACUAAGUAAUUCUGAUUUAUCAUAUGAUAAAAAGUUUCCCAUAUUACUUCCAAAGAAUCACAAAUUCACGUUGUUAGUUAUGCAAUAUUUUCAUCUUAAAUAUUUGCAUGUUGGUGCACAAACAUUGUUGUAUUUGGUAAGACGGGAAUAUUGGCCAUUAUCUGGCAGAAAUACAGCCAGAAAAAAUAUUCAUGAUUGUGUUAUUUGUGCUAAAACUAAACCUAGAACGGUAACCCAAAUUAUGGGAAAUCUCCCAACCAAUAGAGUUAAACCUAGUUAUCCUUUUACUCAUGUUGGGAUAGACUUUUGUGGACCUUUCUAUAUUAAAUACAAGGGUCAGAGGAAAGGCAAUUAUCAAAAAUGUUAUGUGGCUGUUUUCAUUUGCUUUGCUACUAAGGCAAUCCACUUGGAAAUAGUCACUGACUUAACUGCAGAGGCAAUGAUUGCCACUUUAAAGCGCUUUUUUAGCAGAAGAGGUGUUAGUUCCUCUAUCUGUUCUGAUAAUGCAACUAAUUUCAAAGGGGCCAAUUCAGAUUUGAAACGUUUGCAAAAUAUGAUUGGUAGACUCCCAGAGCCAUUAGCUAAUUACUUAACAACUGAACAAGUGACAUGGAAAUUUAUUCCACCAAGGUCACCUAACUUCGGUGGCUUAUGGGAGGCGGGUGUUAAAUCUUUCAAACACCAUUUAAAGAGAGUUGUUGGUAAUGCGCGUUUAACAAUGGAACAGUUUUUGACUAUUGCUAUUCAAAUUGGAGGUAUUCUAAACAGUCGCCCACUGACACCUUUGUCAUCAGAUCCAAACAAUUUUGAAAUUUUGACCCCAGGCCAUUUUUUAAUCGGCAGUCCCAUAAAUUGUAUUCCUGAUCCAGAUUAUUCAGAGCGAAAGGAUAAUUUUUUUAUCUCAAUGGCAAAGAUUGAGCAAAAUGGUCCAAACAAUUUGGAAAAAAUGGAAAUUAGAUUACUUAAAUAA